AUGUUAGAGCUACCAUUUGAUAUCAUGAGUCACAUACUAAAGUUUUUACCUGUGAGGGAUCUCCUUCGCUUCAGGUGCUUAUCAAAAUCAUAUUGUUCUUUAAUCGACAGUCGCGAUUUCAUAAACUACCAUCUAUCUCAAUCUAAUAAUUUAAACACCAAUCGUAGCCUCAUCAUUGCUCAAUCAUUCUAUAAACACAAAAAUCUUAAGAGUAGUACUAAAAUCUAUUCAAUGAAUUUAGAUUCUGCAUACCCCCACCUAGUGGAAUAUGAUCAACCUCUGUCUGUGUAUUCUGAGAGUCUUCCUCAUAAUACUAUUCCUGAUUAUGAUUAUAAAGAUCAGUUGCAAAAUAAUUUUUCCAUAGUCGGUUCUUGCAAUGGCUUAAUCGCGUUCUACCAUCCUGAACACGGCAUGUUACUGUGGAAUCCUUCAACCAAAAAGCAACAAAAUCUACCCGAUUUUUGGGGACUACACGAAGUUAUUGGAUCUGUUUAUCUUCUUAUUCAUGGAUUCGGCUAUGAUCCUGUCAGCGACGAUUACAAGGUCAUCAGGGUCUGGAAAAUCAUCAGCGGGAGGCGAAAAGAAUUGAGAGUUAUGGUUUAUAGCGUAAAACAUAAUUCUCGUAGAACGAUCGAGGAGGACUUCCCUUAUGAUGUAAUGAGUCGUUGCAGUACUCUUGUCGGUUCUUAUUUGCACUGGAUUGUUACCAAACCGGAUGAUUGUAGGUGGAUCGUUGCUUUCAAUAUGGAAGACGAAAAAUUCCAUAAGGUGCCAAGUCCUGAUCUAAAGUAUGAGGAUUAUGGGCUUAUGGAAUUAGCCGCAGUAGGAGGAUGCCUUAGUAUGUGCAUGGAUGCCCGUCGUGACUCUUUAUUGGAGAUUUGGGUGAUGAAAGAGUAUGGAAUGAGGGACUCGUGGAUUAGAAUAGUCUCCGUAGAUAAAGCGAAUUUUAGUCGUUAUACUCCAUCACGGGUUAAGCUAAUUGGGUGUUCAAAAACUGGCGAUAAACUCUUAUUUGAUGUCGAAGGCUACGAGUUAUGGGAGUAUGACCUACAAAAGGAGGAGGAGAAGGAGGAAACAUCUCAACAUUCGCAAAAUCAUAUAUACAGAUGGAAGCAAUGUUCUCCCUACAAACAUGUUCGGGGAACUGAGAAAUGGAAGCAACGCCUUUCCAACAAACGUGUCCGGAGGAUUGAGAUGUUAAAAGGUAAACUCAUCAUCUGGGAAUAUUCAUUUAUUUGUGUAAGAAGCCUUGUUCCGGUCAAUCUUCAUGUUGAUUAA